CGGGGGGUGCCGUAGCGGCGAGGCCCCCCUCGCCGGGCUGCGCGGGCCGCCUGGGGCCCCGCCGCCGGCGCGGGGUCUCCCCCAUGGUGCAGCGGGGUUCGGGAUGUCGAAGACGCUGAAGAAGAAGAAGCACUGGCUCAGCAAGGUGCAGGAGUGCGCGGUGUCCUGGGCCGGGCCCCCGGGCGACUUGGGCGCCGAGAUCCGGGGCGGCGCGGAGCGCGGCGAGUUCCCCUACCUGGGGCGGCUCCGCGAGGAGCCGGGCGGGGGCACCUGCUGCAUCGUCUCGGGCAAAGCGCCCAGCCCCGGGGAUGUGCUGCUGGAGGUGAACGGGACGCCUGUCAGCGGGCUCACCCACCGGGACACCCUGGCUGUCAUCCGCCACUUCCGCGAGCCCAUCCGUCUCAAGACUGUGAAGCCAGGUAAAGUCAUUAAUAAAGAUUUGCGACAUUACCUGAGUCUUCAGUUUCAGAAAGGAUCAAUUGACCACAAACUGCAGCAAGUGAUCAGAGAUAAUCUCUACUUGAGAACCAUUCCAUGCACAACAAGGGCCCCCAGGGAUGGGGAAGUACCAGGGGUGGACUAUAAUUUCAUUUCUGUUGAGCAGUUCAAAGCACUGGAAGAGAGUGGAGCGUUAUUAGAAAGUGGAACGUAUGAUGGAAACUUCUAUGGGACCCCCAAGCCUCCAGCGGAACCCAGCCCUUUCCAGCCCGAUCCCGUCGAUCAGGUCCUCUUUGACCAUGAGUUUGACACAGAAUCCCAAAGAAAACGCACUACAUCUGUCAGCAAGAUGGAGAGAAUGGACAGCUCUCUUCCUGAAGAAGAAGAAGACGAGGACAAGGAGGCUGUUAAUGGCACUGGACAUGCAGACAACAGAGAGAGGCAUCCUGAGUCAUCUGAUUGGAUAAAGACCAUCCCGAGUUACAACCAAACAAACAGCUCCAUGGACUUCAGAAAUUAUAUGAUGAGAGAUGAGAAUCUGGAACCUCUGCCCAAAAACUGGGAAAUGGCCUACACUGACACCGGGAUGAUCUACUUCAUUGACCACAAUACCAAAACCACCACCUGGUUGGAUCCUCGUCUUUGUAAGAAAGCCAAAGCCCCUGAAGACUGUGAAGAUGGAGAACUUCCUUAUGGCUGGGAGAAAAUAGAGGAUCCUCAGUAUGGGACAUACUAUGUUGAUCACCUUAACCAGAAAACCCAGUUUGAAAAUCCAGUGGAGGAGGCCAAAAGGAAAAAGCAAUUAGGACAGGCUGAUAUUGGGUCUUCAAAACCAGAUAUGGAAAAGUCCCACUUUACUCGAGAUCCAUCCCAGCUUAAAGGCAUCCUGGUUCGAGCAUCAUUGAAAAAAAGCACAAUGGGAUUUGGUUUCACCAUUAUUGGUGGAGAUAGGCCUGAUGAAUUCCUACAGGUGAAAAACGUGCUGAAAGAUGGCCCAGCAGCUCAGGAUGGGAAAAUUGCGCCAGGUGAUGUUAUUGUAGACAUCAAUGGCAGCUGUGUCCUUGGUCACACCCAUGCAGACGUUGUCCAGAUGUUUCAGUUGGUGCCUGUCAAUCAGUAUGUGAACCUCACUUUAUGUCGUGGUUACCCACUCCCUGAUGACCAUGACGACCCUGUCAUGGACAUUGUUGCUGCUACUCCCAUCAUCAACGGACAGUCAUUAACCAAAGGAGAGACUUGUAUGAAUGCUCAGGAUUUUAAGUCAGGACCCAUGGUUCUGGACCAGAAUGGAAAACCGGGACAUACCUUGGUCAGCGACCGUCUCAAUGGACCAUCCGAUCCGAGCGAGCAGAGAGCAUCCAUGGCCUCAUCAGGCAGCUCCCAGCCUGAACUAGUGACUGUCCCUCUGAUUAAGGGCCCUAAAGGCUUUGGGUUUGCAAUUGCUGACAGCCCAACUGGACAGAAGGUGAAAAUGAUUUUGGAUAGUGAGUGGUGUCCAGGCCUACAGAAAGGGGAUAUAAUUAAAGAAAUUUACCAUCAGAAUGUGCAGAAUUUAACCCAUCUCCAGGUGGUAGAGGUGCUAAAGCAGUUUCCAGUAGGUGCAGAUGUACCAUUACUUAUCUUGAGAGGAGGUCCUCCUUCACCAACUAAAACUGCCAAACUGAAAACAGAUAAAAAGGAAAAUUCAGGAAGUUUGGAGGCCAUAAAUGAGCCCAUUCCCCAGCCUAUGCCUUUUCCACCCAGCAUUAUCAGGUCAGGAUCCCCGAAAUUGGAUCCUUCUGAGGUCUACCUGAAAUCUAAGACUUUAUAUGAAGAUAAACCGCCAAAUACCAAAGAUUUGGAUGUUUUUCUUCGGAAACAGGAAUCAGGGUUUGGCUUCAGGGUGCUAGGAGGAGAUGGACCUGACCAAUCUAUAUACAUCGGGGCCAUCAUUCCUCUGGGUGCAGCUGAGAAGGAUGGUCGACUCCGAGCAGCCGAUGAGCUAAUGUGCAUUGAUGGAAUUCCAGUUAAAGGCAAAUCACACAAACAAGUCCUUGACCUCAUGACAACUGCUGCUCGAAACGGCCACGUGUUAUUAACCGUCAGAAGAAAGAUCUUCUAUGGUGAGAAACCACCUGAGGAUGACAGCUCUCAAGCCUUCCUUUCAGCACAGAAUGGGUCUCCCCGCCUGAACCGAGCGGAAGUUCCAGCCAGGCCCGCGCCCCAGGAGGCCUAUGACGUGGUGCUGCAACGAAAAGAAAGUGAAGGAUUUGGCUUCGUCAUCCUCACCUCCAAAAACAAACCGCCUCCAGGAGUCAUUCCACAUAAAAUUGGCCGAGUCAUUGAAGGAAGUCCAGCGGAUCGCUGUGGAAAAUUGAAGGUUGGAGACCAUAUCUCUGCGGUGAACGGGCAGUCCAUUAUCGAGCUGUCCCACGAUAACAUUGUUCAGCUGAUCAAGGAUGCUGGUGUCACUGUCACACUAACAGUCAUUGCUGAAGAAGAGCAUCAUGGGCCACCAUCCGGAACGAACUCAGCCAGGCAAAGCCCAGCCCUGCAGCACAGGCCCACGGGACAGUCACAGGCCAACCACGUACCUGGGGACAGAAGUGCCCUGGAAGGUGAGGUUGGAAAAGAUGGCUCCACUACUUACAGACAUUCCUGGUCAGACCACAAGCACCUUGCACUGCCUGACACCGCGGUGAUCUCAAUUGUAGGCAGUCGGCACCAUCAGAGCCCUAGCUGUUACCCGGUGGAGCUGGAGCGAGGCCCCCGGGGCUUCGGCUUCAGCCUCCGCGGGGGGAAGGAGUACAACAUGGGGCUCUUUAUCCUGCGUCUCGCCGAGGACGGGCCUGCCAUCAAAGAUGGCAGAAUCCACGUUGGUGACCAGAUUGUUGAAAUCAAUGGAGAACCGACACAAGGCAUCACACAUACGCGCGCAAUUGAGCUCAUUCAGGCCGGUGGCAAUAAAGUCCUUCUUCUUUUGAGGCCAGGAACUGGCUUGAUACCUGACCAUGGUGAUUGGGAUAUUACUAAUCCUUCAUCAUCAAACGUGAUUUACGAUGAACAGUCACCAUUUCCCCCACUUUCACAUCCUGCUUCCAUAUUUGAAGAGUCUCACAUGCCAGUAAUUGAAGAAUCUUUAAUGAGAGUUCAGAUAUGUGAAAAGGCAGAAGAGUUCAAGGACCUUGUGCCUGAAAAGAAAAGCACUUUAAAUGAACAUCAGUCUCUUCUCCAGAAAAAUCUGAGUAAAAGGGAUCCCCACAACAGUCACGGGCACAGUGACAAGAAACGCCUCUUCAAAGUAGAAAAUGGCGUUCCACCCAGAGGUAGGUCUGCCAGCCCCAAAAAGUCAGCCGGUCGCUAUUCAGAGGAACAUUCAGAAAAGGUUCCCGGUCCUCCCAAAAAUGACCCCAAAAGAAGGCCCCGAGAGCGAUCACUCAGCCCCAGGAAAGGGGAGAGUAAAAGCCGUCAGAUCAGCCCCAGGGCCGGUUCUGGACAAGAUCAUGGCAGAAGAGGCAGGGGGCGGUCUUCCAGCCCAAAGAAGGUGCAAAAAACUGAAGGAAGCAAUGACCAUGCAAAUGCUGAAGCCCAGUUAUUCGAGUUUGAGAAUCGAAGAGCAGGGGGCCGUGCUGGUGACAGUGCUGAGCACAUCCUGGAUGGGAAAGAAAGAUCGGGCGUUGUCAGGAAAGACACGAAGCAGAGCGAAUCUGGAAAAACCACGACAAGGUCGCCAGAGAAAAGCAGCAGGAGGGCCGAUGAGAAGUCGUUUCCACCCAAGAAGCCUAACAACACUGCUACUAGUAGAGCGGCUCCUGAGAAUGAAAAAGGAAAGAAAGCAGCCUUGGGAGACACGAGCUCCAGUAAAGACAAGCUAGAACACGUCAGAACAUCAGAGAAGAAGCUGAAGCAGGAACCUGACGAAAGAACGGCUAUGAACAAAACGGAAGAUCACAAGGGAAAGGACCUCGAGGCAGGUGACAAAAGCAGAGAGAGUGGAGGGUUCAGACCUGAAGGUGGCUCUCCCGCUAGGAAAGCGCCAAUCACUCCAGGGCCCUGGAAGGUGCCAAGUGCACAUAAAGCCACAGGCACUGCUGGUGUGGCUGAAAAACGGCUGUAACCUUCACCAUGAAACAAAGAAAAACAAGUUGUAAUCUUUUUUACUAAAGAGCAACAUUUAUAUUAAAAAAAGUCAUUUUUUUUUCCCCUCAGGCAUUCUGAAACACACGUAAGUAUAUUUUGAUUGAGCAUCGAGUCACCUACGCUGCAUGAAGGGCCUGUAGGUUUGCUAAGAACCCACUGUCCCCCUGGCUGGCUGCCUGCCCUCACGCUCACCUGACAAUGCCCUGCUCGUUGUCAUGAGUGUCGGAACAAAUGACAUAUGUGAUAUUAACAAUGUGGUCGCAACUCACUUUAUAUUUGUGCCAAGUUAUCUACUGUAUCAUGUCUAUUUUAUCCUUCUCAUGCAGAUAUUUCCACAGUAAUGAAAAAAUUAGGUUUGGCUUGGAAGUUGAUAUUUUCAAUAGCAUGUUGCAUGUUUACAGAGAGAAAUAUUUGAGUCCUUGCAGAAGAAGAGAUUAACUGAUCAUUAAAGGUGGCAGUUGCCUCUUCUAACAGCUACUGAUGAUGUCCCCGUUUCAAAAUACAACUCAAACAUCACUGCUGUGGUGGCUGAAGUGUAGUUAAAUAUUGACACUGUUUUUAUGGCUUAGUAUUUUAAUUUGGCUGGGUAAGAUAUUUCAAAUAACUGUUAAAGACAUUACUUACAAUUGACUAUUCAAAAUGAGAACGUACUUUAAGCAAUUAAGAGUUCACCUCUUGCUCUGUUAUCCAGCCCUGACGUAAUUAUAGCAUCUCAGAUCACCCUUUUAUUUCAAUUGUUUCACUGAAAAACCACAAAGAAGCCUGUGGAAAUAGUGCUUUAAAAAAACUACCAAAUUUCUGAAUAUUUUGGUUGUACCUACUACUAAGUUAUUAGUUGUUAAUAUGUAAUACAUAUUUGAAGAGUCAAAAUAUUAUACAGCUUAUGUGAGGGACUUAAUCAUUCAACUAGUUUCACAGUCCACUGCCUGAUAAAGUACCAUCUCAUCUGGUAGCAGCUGUAGAAGUUGGGGUGUUUAGACGCAGAACCCUUGUAAGACCCGCUCGGCAGGUAAGGACAAACACGCUGACAGACAGUACUUGCUAGAUCUUAAUUUCUAGCUACAUUUACUUUCUUGUUUUUAAACAAGAAAGGGAGACUAAAUGUCUGCUUCGCUUGUACAGCUUUUCAGAGUUCUUUUUUAAAGUCGCACUCAAGACGUGCAUUAGAAGGUGGAAACAGUUUUUGACUCCAUAAAAUAGAUGCAGGUUUUCCAGUCCCAGCAUUCAGUAGCAUCUAUAAAUAAAGGAGCUUCUCAGAAUAGAAGCAUCUUAUGGAGUAUUUGGACACACUUGUUUUGUCGCCCUGGGUCCAUCUUGUUGUUAUGAAACCAUUAGGUCUGGGUCCUUCCCUCUCAGUCUGACUGUGAAACUCUUAUUAAUGUAACAACUGACUCAGCCCCUGUAGAUAAGACGUGCUUCCCAGAGUGAGAUUUUUGAAAUCCCCUUUUCAUCCAGAACUAUAUUUACCCACGUAUUGUAACUACUUGAAUAGAGCAAAAUUAGAAGGCUUGAUAAGCGCUAUGAAUUUAGUACCACAGAAAUGAUUUAUUUUCCCUUUAGUCCACAAUUAGUGAUAAAAAUCCUAUUUUUUAUUGUUAACUGUGACAUAACUUUGAUGUCAUAUGUUGUCAGUCUGAUGUGGCUCUUUCCUCUCUAAGUAACCUGUCACUGUCCUGAUUAUAUACUGACUUAGCAAUGUGGCCUUGAAAUGCUAAGCAAAUUAUGGAUGUACUGGUUGUAAAUGUUUAUAUAUUGUACAGUACCUUUAUAUAUACACUUGAGGCUCUGAUUAGAGAAAAAGAUCUGUAAAUCGCUCGUUAUUUUUUAUAUAGAUAUUAAAAAAACCCACAAAAACCAA